GUUCAAAUGAACGAGUUCUUAUAGAAUUCAGUCUUUAUUCUAAUCUUCAGUGUUUUAAGUCAAAAACCUGACUCAACUCAACAAAUUGCAGUACAGCGUAGUUUGGAGGUCGUGGCCUUGGAUAUAUGUGGAAUAGGGUGUCACAUGUGCAAUAUCGCAGCUGGAAGGAGGAGUUAUGGCCUCCGCGGAACAAAGAACCGAAGUGGACGCCCUCAGAAUGGAGCCGAUCUCAAAACUGAGCAUGCUGCUCACUCUGGUGUCCAUUCUGUGGCGCUUCGUCUCGAUCUGCAUCAACUGGAGCCUGGCGUACACGUACUUUAUGGAGGAGUCGUACGGCUACUGCUCCUGGACCAUUGGCUCCAUUCUGGUGCCCAUGGUGGUCACAUCGGUCAUAUAUAUACACACCUUGAAAUACACCCAUUCGGGUGAGAAACGCAUCGUGGAGCGAGGGAUAUACUCAAAUGUUGUGAUCUCAUACCUUUUCCGCGAUGUCUACGCCCUUAACUAUGCUUUCAAGUACUCGAUGGCCAAGGAGCGCGAUGACAAGCAGGAGGAGAUCGGAUAUUACCAAAAACUUAUGACGGAAGAGUGCAAUGUUAGUUUCGUUCGGCUUUUCGACUCGUUUCUGGAAUCAGCACCGCAGAAAAUAUUACAACUGGCAAUUGUUUUGCAAUCGACAACGGAGUUCACAUACUACCGCCGGAUUGCCCUCUUCGUCUACUUUGGCAACAUAGCGUGGUGCAUCCAGGCGUACAAUCACUCCAAUCGCCUGGCUCAACUGGACAAGCAUGAUAUCGCGACGAAGGGAAGAUUUCUUCAAUUUCUCUUCCUGCUCUGUCUCACUGUUAUUUGGUUUUAUUUUGUAGUUUCGAGAACGCUUUGCAUCGCAUAUGUGGCCAGUCUUUUCCCCAUCCAAACAGUGAUCAUCUGCGCGGCACUCGCUUGCUUUUGCGGCACCAUUGUAUUCUUUGUGGACUCGCCAAUGAUCGCGGAAUCCCGCCUCAUGAACUACCUGUACUGCAUGUGCUUCGGCGUAGUCUACCUGUUUAUUUUUACGCCCGUCAAGGAUGCGCCAACCAAAUACAAAUACGCCUUUCACCUCACUUUCUGUUUGUUGCAAAAUGCAAUCGCCUGCGCCUUGUACAUUCCUCUAUACCUUGCCACCACCAUUAUUGCCUUGUAUAUUGUUGGUAUUGCUUUGCUGAUAUUCUACUACACGUACUGCCAUCCAAAUACUGUGCGAACUUAUUUUUAAUAUAGUACCAUUUUGUAUAAUAAACGUUUUUAUACCACGUU